AUGAGUGGCCUCCAGCGAGUAGCCGGAGUCACGGUCCGGCCGUUCUCGAGGAAGUCUUUGAGCCAGCACGGCCGGUACCUUGGUAUCAGGUGGCCGGCCACUUCACUUGCAUGUCACCGCGUCAGCCCUGUGCCGGCGAUCUGCCAGCGUCCCAUUCACGUUCAAUCCUCUCUCCAGGCCCAAGUCGUUGCUUCUCAGUCGAAAACGCAGGGAAAGGGCCAAUAUGACUCCUCAAACCCGGCCAUGUCGUUCCCUUGCCUGGACGCAUUGGAAGCUAAGUCGGCUGCCUUGUCGAUGCGAUCGCUUGCUUCGGGACCUGAGCCGUCAUAUACGGUUGGAAAACAUGAGCGGUUCAUAUCGAAGCAGGAUCUCUUGCUGGAUUGGGGUGGCAUACUUCCGGAAUUCGAGAUCGCCUAUGAGACGUGGGGUACCUUGAACGCAGACAAAAGUAAUGCCAUCCUACUUCACACCGGCCUCUCAGCUUCAAGUCAUGCGCAUAGCACGAGGACGAAUCCUCAGCCAGGAUGGUGGGAAAAGUUUAUUGGGCCGGGAGCUCCCUUGGAUACGGACAAACAUUUUAUUAUCUGCACGAACGUUAUUGGAGGCUGUUAUGGUAGCACAGGGCCGUCAUCUAUUGACCCGUCAGACGGGAAACGAUACGCCACCAGGUUCCCCAUCCUCACCCUCAACGACAUGGUUAGAGCGCAGUUUCGACUUCUGGACUUUCUAGAAAUCCGAAAACUGUACGCGUCAGUUGGCUCUAGUAUGGGCGGAAUGCAGAGCUUGGCUGCAGGAAUACUAUUUCCUGAACGGGUGAACAAGAUUGUCAGCAUCAGUGGUUGUGCAAGGAGUCAUCCGUAUAGCAUAGCCAUGCGUCAUACGCAACGUCAAGUUCUCAUGAUGGACCCCAACUGGGCACGAGGAUUCUAUUAUGAUUCCAUUCCUCCGCAUUCAGGCAUGAAACUGGCCCGGGAGAUCGCCACGGUCACCUACCGCAGCGGACCAGAGUGGGAGAAACGAUUUGGCAGAAAGCGGGCAGACAUCAGCAAGAAUCCAGCAUUGUGUCCUGACUUCCUAAUUGAGACAUAUCUCGACCACGCAGGCGAGAAAUUCUCUUUGGAAUAUGAUUCUAACAGUCUCUUAUAUAUCUCCAAGGCCAUGGACCUUUUCGAUCUUGGAAUAUCUCAGCAACAGGCUACGCACAAACGCCGGUUGGAAAGUGAGAAGUUAAUAUCCUCUCGUGGUGGUCGGCCGGUUGAGAAUAAUGCGUCGUGUAGCUUGACUUUACCUUCGGAACCAUAUGAGGAACAACCUUCUACACCGGAAAGUCCCCAGAGCACUGGAGCUCCUUCACCUGCCCAGCAUCAAUCCUCGUCAUCAGGGCCGCCAAUGGAUUUAGUGUCUGGUCUCUCUCCGCUGAAGGACCACCCUAUACUCGUCAUGGGAGUAGCAAGUGACAUUCUCUUCCCGGCGUGGCAGCAACGAGAAAUAGCAGAAUCGCUUCAAGCUGCUGGCAGUCAGACUGUCAAGCAUGUGGAGCUGAGCGAGGAUAUAUCCCAUUUUGGGCACGAUACCUUCCUUUUAGAUCUGGAAAACGUUGGAGGCCCUGUUAAGAGGUUUCUUGAAUGA